UUCUCCCAAACCCUUCCAGCAUUCAUUGUCUUGCUUAAACUAACCAACCACUUUGUCAAAAACCCCAAUUUAGCUGUUCACCCGACAGUAUUUUCUCAAUCGCUUGUUCCGGGAUUUGGAAUGAAAGGAUCAAAUUUCAGAGAGCCAGUGGUCGACGGCAAUGAGGAUAUCGACUGGGAGGUGAGACCCGGCGGCAUGCUUGUGCAGAAGAGAGACGCCGGCGACGGCGAUCACGUUCACGCUGGCGGUGGUGGUCCUGCAAUCAAGAUCAACGUCGUUCACGGGUUGAACCGGCUGGACCUUGUUGUUCCUUCCCAAUCCACUUUUGGGGAUCUGAAAAGGUAUAUUGCCAAAGAAAAUGGUUUGGAGCCUGAUCAACAAAGAUUAUUGUUCAGAGGAAAGGAGAAAGAGGAUCAAGAGUACCUGCACUUGGUGGGUGUGAAGGAUAACGCCAAGGUGCUACUCAUGGAAGAUCCAAGAAGCAAAGAGAAGAUGCUUAAAGAAGUGAAAUGCAUUGAGUCUUCGAGUGCUUGUUCAACCACUGGUGAAGCCAGACAAGAGCAAGUUGAGGAGGUAAAGAGCAGUAAUCUACCUAGAGACUUUGCGGCUGUGGCUGAAGUCAGAGCAGAGGUCGAUAAGCUUGCUGAACAGGUGACUGCUCUGGAAGCAGCUGUGUCUGGUGGGACUAAGGGUGGAGAGAAGGAAUUUGUUGUUUUAGGUGAGUUACUAAUGAGGCAGCUGCUGAAAUUGGAUAGCAUUGAGGCUGAAGGAGAAGGGAAAGUGCAAAGGAAGCUUGAGGUGAAUCGUGUUCAGAGCUUGGUGGAUAAAGUGGAUUCACUGAAGGCAAGAAACUCAAAUCCAUUCAGCGGCGGCAGCAGCAGCAAGACCGUCUCUGUAACGACAAAAUGGGAGACCUUCGGUUCGGGCAUGGGAAGCCUCAGUGCCCCUUCGCCCAUGCCAUCUUCUACAAAAGUGACUGAAGAUUGGGAAGUCUUUGACUAGCUAGUAUCUGUUCUGGAUUUUGUCUUGAAAUACAGAACUUGAGCUGCUUGGAAUGCUAAAUUAAUCCGCUCCAGUUUUUAGUUCAUUUUACAUUUUUGUCGCUGAACUAAAGAAUUCUAAGGAUAUGGACAGUUUAGGCCCCAAAUCAUUGUAGUUUUAAUUGCUCAUGGUGGCUUUCCUGCGAUGAUAUAUGAUUGACAAAGGUUUCACCUUUUGCUUUGUAAAUAAAAUCCAUAUCAAACCCGCUUA